CGAGUGGAAAAUCUUUCGGCUGUCUGUUGUGAUUGCAGCUUCUCGACGUCGAACCUUCCUUGUGUUUGUUGGCGUGCGUUUUUUGCUGCACAGUGGCGAGUGCGAAUUUUGGCUGCAACAAUAUAGUGGUCCGAGUCGAUGUUAGGACCUCGGAGCGCACGCACAUCUAAAACACUGGAGAUGUGUCUUCCGUCUAUCACAACAUGAUCGAUCUGGUUGGUGGUUUUUCGAUCCGGAGACAGCCAGGUAGCUUGAUGUAUCUUCUUAUGCUGGAAUCUAGUACUACAGAUAACCAUAUUUCGGGCCCCGGCGAAGUCGAUCAGCCUCAACCCAUUUGGGGAUGUUUCCUCGUGGAGGCAGAAUUUACCGACCGUAGUGCCAAAGAUACCUUCUUUGCCCACAUGAAUGAGUAAUGUCACAUUAUAUUUAGGUAGUUCACAAGGUGUCGUAUAUUGUCAUAUAUGUCGUAAGUCAUAGUUUUGUACAACUGUUGUAGAGCCGUUGUUGCUGUUUUAAAUGCAAAAAUAUAAAUUUGACGAUACAACUCUGCGUACUGUGUUUAUUCAGUGCACCUUUGAAUCAGCUGUGUUUGUUUAUCUUUCUUCUUCUUAUUGUUUGCAUUUAGUUGAAAUAAAUUGGCCGCAAAUACGGUAAACCAAUAAGUAAGUGAAUAAAAUGAGCACAAACGGUGAAGCUGAGUUUUUACCAAAACGCAAACGCUACAACCCCCAAAAGCGUUGGAAAGUUGCCGAGGAAAAAGCGUUGAUUGAAUUUCUUCUAGAGAAUCGCGAUUUUGAGAAACCAUCGGCACGGCUAUUUUAUAAUCGCUUCGCGAAUGAAAAACAAAUCCUGGUCGAGUGGAAAUUAGCGCGCUCAAAAGUAAGAAAUAUGCGAUCUGCAUAUAAUAAAGCGAAGGAAUGGGAAGGAAGUACUGGCGCUGGUUGCAUGGAUGGCGAUACUAUAAAAAGCGUUUUGCUCAAAAAAUUUCGCUAUUUUUACGAAUUUGACGAUAUUUUCGGUGCCCGACUAAACGCUUGUGCUGUAGUUGAAGAAAUAAUGGAAAGUGCCGAUACUACCAUUGAAAGUCCUGUGCAAAUUGAAACUCCUAUUGUAAAUGAAACCGUUACCACUCCAAGGCAAAGAGGAAUAUACUCCAGAACAGCGGCUUCCGAUAUUAUGCAAAUCCAUGGCGAAAUAAUGACAUUGCGAAAGCAAAAGUUAGAGGCAGAAUUGACUGCAAGGGAAAGAGAGUUCGAGCAAAAAGAAAAAGAGUUGCAGUUAAAAGCUAAAGAAGUGGAGCUCAAAGAAAUUGAAAUAUUAGCGCUAAAAGACAUCAAACAACUAGAGCUACAGAUGAAAGAGCGAAUCGCCAUGGAGGAGCUAAAGCUGAAGUACAAAUAAAUUUUUAAAACUUAUUUAGUAUACGAAAAGACCAAUUUUUCUAAUUUUUACUUUUGUUUUCAAUGAGAUGGACUCACACAUCGUUUUAUACGAUGGUUUAAUUUUUGUUAAUGGUAUAA